AGGCGCCAUCUUGUUUGUUUUACUCGGAGGAGGGGUGGGAUAAAAUCCACCACCUCCCGCCGCAGCAGCAGCACCACGGCGGGGCAAACGGAGAGAGAGAAGCACCGAGCGGCUCAGCGGCCUCCCUCUACCCCAUUUGCCCGGUGGUGAAAAGGCUCCGGCACAAUGUUUUAUGCCCACUUUGUCCUCAGCAAACGUGGGCCGCUGGCCAAAAUCUGGCUGGCGGCCCACUGGGACAAGAAGCUGACCAAGGCACACGUCUUUGAGUGCAAUCUGGAGAGCAGCGUGGAAAGCAUCAUCUCCCCCAAGGUGAAAAUGGCUCUGCGGACCUCAGGGCAUCUGCUGCUGGGGGUGGUGAGGAUCUACCACAGGAAAGCCAAGUACCUGCUGGCAGAUUGUAACGAGGCCUUCAUCAAGAUCAAGAUGGCGUUUCGACCAGGCGUGGUAGAUCUUCCAGAGGAGAACAGAGAGGCAGCCUACAACGCCAUCACGCUGCCCGAGGAGUUCCAUGAUUUUGACCAGCCACUACCAGACCUAGAUGAUAUAGACAUUGCGCAGCAGUUCAACUUGAACCAAAGCAGAGUGGAGGAGAUCACCAUGAGGGAGGAGGUGGGCAACCUAAACCUGCUGCAGGACAAUGACUUUGCUGACUUUGGCAUGGACGACCGUGAGAUGAUGCGGGAGGAGAGCUCGUUUGAGGUGGACAUCAUGGGAGCGUCAGCUUCCAACCUGCUGCUGGAGGCUGAGGGUGGAGCUAACGCGAUGGCUGACAAGUCCAACCAUCUGGAGUACGAUGACCAGUACAAGGACGACUUCGGAGAGAAUCCUAUGGAGAGCAAUGAGGAGGGCAUGCUUGUGGACAAGCUGCUGAGCAACGAGGAUGGAGACGGCAUCUUUGACGACCCCCCUGGCAUCGCGGAGAGUGUGCUGAUGCCUCAGGACCACGGAGACGACGACGACGACUUUGAUGCCCUCUCAGCGGGAGCUCCGGACAGUCCAGACUCCGGUCCAACAAAGCCCCUCCCAGCCACGGCAGACCAGGCAGAACAGACCAGCUUGGUUCACAACGAGGAAGAAACCUUCGCCCUGGAGCCAAUUGACAUCACAGUGAAGGAGACCAAGGCGAAGCGCAAGAGGAAGCUGAUUGUGGACAGCGUGAAGGAGUUGGACAGUAAAACCAUCCGUGCGCAGCUGUCUGAUUACUCUGACAUUGUCACCACCCUGGACCUGGCCCCUCCCACCAAGAAGCUGAUGAUGUGGAAGGAAACGGGAGGAGUCGAGAAGCUGUUCUCCCUCCCCGCUCAGCCUCUCUGGAAUACCAGGCUGCUGAAGAUGUUUACAAGGUGUUUGACACCGCUGGUUCCAGAUGAGCUCAGGAGAAGGAGGAAAGGUGGAGAGGCUGACAGUCUAGAUGAGUUCCUCAAGGAUCUGGAGAACCCGGAGGUGCCCAGAGAGGAAACCGCAGGACACCAGCACAUAGACAUCAUAGACCAGACCCUCAUGGAGGAGGCCAGUGUUCUGCAGGCUUCAGCUGUGGAAGGCAGCAGGACCACGCUGGACGAGACGGUCAUGCCCCCCCCGUCCCCUCAACGUGGCCUCAAACGCAAAGCCCAGGACACCGAAGCAGCCCUGCCUGUGAGCUCAGAGAUGGGAACUUUGGACCAGCAACAACCAGUGCAGGAGCCAAUCAGCCAGUCCCAGCAGCUGGAAGCAGCCAGUGUGGAUCUGGAAACCACCAACAUCAGCCAGAUGAUCGAGUUUGACCUGCUCGGAGACAAGGACAAGAAGAAGAACGACGACAUCUCGGAUGACGAGGAGGAAGAGGUGCAGGGAGGAGACCAAGACCAGGAGGAGAGGAGGUGGAACAAAAGAACCCAGCAGAUGCUCCAUGGCCUCCAGAGGGUGAUGACCAAAACGGGUUCCCAGUCCAUCGGCCUGCUGGAUCUGUGCAGGAACAACAACAAGAAGCAGGCAGCCGCCAAGUUCUACAGCUUCCUGGUCCUGAAGAAGCAGCAGGCGGUGGAGCUCGUCCAGGAGGAGCCUUACAGUGACAUCAUAGCUACGCCUGGAGCUCGCUUCCACAUCAUCUAG